AUUCCAUGAUCCAGGUCAUUUUGGCUUGACUGACUGAAACAAAUCUAUGCAAUUUUCAAAGGCUUAAUUUACAUAUGCCAACCCCAAUUUUCUCAAUACCCGUUCUGUUUGGCAUUGUUCCUAAAACACUUCACACCUUUACAACCUAACACGUCCACUGAUCCACGUGCAGAAAAGACAAAAGCCCCAGCAAUACUGGGCAUCUUUCGCUUGCUGGACAAUCAAUUAUCGUCCAUCGUAAGAAUAUAAAGCUUGAUUGGUUUUGCUGUUUCAUUAAAACUGCAUUAGUGCUAAUUACCAAGGCCUAUCAAAAGAUGUCUUUCAUUUUAUUUGGUUGUUCCAGUUGAUUGAAUUAUAACACCAAGUCAAACAUGCCUUGAGGCCCGCUUGGUUGUUGCAUGAAUAAUUGUCAUUUACCGACGUUAGAUUUGUUUAAGAUGGAAGGCGUAUAGGCAGCUUUGUUUAUUCUCACGAGGGAGCGCAGUUACCUUGCUGUGUCGAAAUUUGUUUACAAGGAAGUAUAAUGGUACAUUCGACAAGAACACUUUGGAGUAACUACCACAAGCAGUGAAGUAUGUGUAAGCAGUUGCCUYUAGUUUAAACGAAUCUGCUAGAUCUGUCAUGUUGUUGACGCCAUGCAAGAGUGCCAUAAGGACUUGACAGAAAGCGUUUCAAUAAAAACAGAACUUAGACAGGAACGGAAUGGAAAAGGACCGGAGGCAGUAUUUGUUAGGACAAAAAACAGUCGGGCACGUUUAUUAAGAAGAUGUACGUCACAGAGUCUUUUGUUAAGCGGAAAUAAAAAUGACAGCGACGGUACCGGGCGAAGCAGACAAGACUCAACCCUUUCAUCUAGCAGCAGUGGUUUGCUAUUUGCGAGACCGCUAUCAAGUUCUUCUAGGGAACAAGCCAAGCAAUCACUCUUUCCUCGUCCGAAAUCGAGUCUAAUGAGUGCGACCGGUACGCCAAGAGGUCGGCAGAGAAGUGCCUCUGACUCCGACAGGCUCACAAGAGGAGCAAAUUCAAAGACAUCGUCGGGAAAGGCCUUAACGCCGACUCUGGUUAGAAGAUCGAGUUAUUUCAGCUUGCAGAGUCUUCGGCGUGCUUUAUCAGUGGACGCCGCAUCUGCCAAGCGUUUGACAAAAAGAGGCUCUCGGGACGACAAGGAUGGCGGAAGAUUUGGUCGCGGUUUUAAGGGAAUAGUUACAGCGAUUGAUGAAGAAGAGCAAGAAGAACAACGACAGCUGGUUCUUGCAAGGUUUCGCCGAGCAGUGUACUUGAUUCGUAUUUUCAGCUCCCUUUGUCUCAGCAUAAGGCGUUACGCUGAUCAGGAUAAAUCACGGCAGUAUGAUUUUUACUACAUCAGAGACAUGCUGCCGGGGGACGACGAUGAACCAACAACAACGAGUAAAGAAAUGCCAAUCACGUUUAACAAGCACCUUUUUUCCAGGGAUAAUACGCUCCAUUUCCCCUUCUGGGCUCGCUUGGUCUGUGCGAAGAAACCCGAAGAUAGAAGCGAGACUGAAAUGAAUAAGCUUGUUACUUUGCUGCGAGGAAUGAAGAGUUUUGGAAAAUUUUCUCGCGAAGCUCAGCGAAACCUGUGUCAGACAAUGACAUAUGCCCGUUAUGAACGGAGAAGGAUCAUCGUCCGACAAGGACAUCCGGGAUAUUGCUUUUACUUUAUAGUCUCGGGCUCAGUCUCCGUCACCAUCACGCGGAAGGACUACAAGACUGGAGUUUACGUCACUAACACUGUUGAUGUACUGGAGAAGAACGAAGCUUUUGGGGAAAUAGCGCUCAUCUCAGAAGAAGCAAGACGAACUGCUACAAUCAUAUGUAGGGAAAGAGUCGAGGUUCUCGUGGUAAACAGGGAGACCAUCUUGGAAUAUUGUCCUGACGUGUUUCAACGCGAAUACGAGGAAAAACUUCAUGUUAUGAGGAGUCAUUCUUUGUUUCAUGGCUGGGGAGAAGACUUAUUACGACCCUUGAGUUUUCGCUCACACAUCAGAGAGUUUUCUUACGGGAAACUGGUUGACAUCGAUUCGACAGAUUCGGAGUCUAUUUACUUCAUAAUUAAGGGGAAAAUGGAGAUGUUGCGACGAGUUGAUUUACAGGCUGUUCUCAAAUCUGACGUCACCAUCAGUUUAUAUCGGCAGCGGCCUCUUCCUCGACCAAUCGCAUCGCUCCCUCGCAAGAAAGGAUCUAAUACGAGCUAUAUCAACGUGGGCUCAUUACAGCCUGGAGACUCUUGGGAUCUAGCGACUCUUGGAACUGUGGGUUCAGCAUCAGGGCCUGGGAACAUUUUAGUCAGCGCGGGUGUGCGAGUUCUAAAAGUUCCUAAGAGGAGAGUCAUUGAAUUGAGUCCGAGAGGCCAUAUGGAGACAUUUGAAGAAAACUUCAGCCCGAAACACAGAUGCCUCACGGAUGAAGAGUUGUACAGAGAUUAUUUAGCGGCCGAGGCGUGGCUAGACUACAGAAAGAAAGUUGUACAAAGUGUCAUAGACUCUAAGGAAGGGCGCUUUAUUGCGCAUGUGUCCGCUACAGCGAAGGGUUCGUCGGGUUGGACCGCGUGGCCUGGGAGCCAACAAGGAACGUAAACAGUUGUAGCAAAUAUAUGGUCGACAGCUUACGAGAAUUCUAAAUUGCCAAGAUAUUCAGAUAAUUGUGGAGCAAGCAUAGUGAUAUGAAUGACGAAACUCUAUGUCCAAAGAUUUUCUCACCAGAAAAGCAGUUCCAUUGGUUUAGUCGAGAGUACCACAACAACAAA